GAGCCUCUUCAGCCCACCACGAGUCGGCGCCACAAGUCGUUUGCCAUCACGGUGCGCGCGUACCUCUUGAAAAGCCGUUAAAAACCGAUUCUCCCGCGACAAAGAAACUGGUUCCACGUUUUUUGUUACACUGUUUUCAAGCCAAAGAUGCCGAAAUCGAAGGCAUACGUGUCCGACAGCGACGACAGUAGCGAGGAGGAAAAGAAACCAGUGAAGAAACCAAAAAAGGAAGAAGAGAAGAAAGCAGUUUCAAGCAAAAAGACAAAGCCUGAGGAGGAUGAAACCGUGUGGGACUUGGGUAACAAUCGUCAAGUGAACGUGAGGAAUUUCAAAGGCAACUUUUACGUGGAUAUCCGAGAAAUGUACUACGAUAAGGAUGGCGACUUGAAACCUGGGAAGAAAGGAAUUUGCUUAACCAUGUCACAGUGGCGGAAAUUCAUGUCCGUUGUGGAGGAAGUGGAUAAAGUAGCCAAGUCGAAAUGUUAGAGGCACAAUUCGACCUGCACACUUUAAAGAUGUUUUUGGUUUUACGUUUACAAUUUUUCCAUUUGAAACAUGUUAAUGUUCGAGAAUUUCAAUCGUUCGUCCGAUCUUACGGAUGCAAAUAGUUUAUGAAGAUAAUUAAAGCUGUGAAACUGCACUCGUUUGAAAUGAAUGCUCGUUUUUUUCUUAAAUAUUUAUCGCUGGUUUUUAGUGUAUAAAUAAUAUAAUUAUUUCGUUUCUGGUUUCCUACUUGUAACAAAUAAAAGUUCCAAGAGAUGUCCGGUCUGUGUUUGAUAAAAAUUUGAUAAAUUUCCUUUGAGUUCACUACUUGAAACGUUUAAUCUCUUUCCUUCCGUACACCUUUGCAACUUACUUCUCGGUAUCGUGUAGCAAUGACAGAAACGACGAUCUCUUUGGCAUUAUUGAUUGUAAAUUGUCACAUACAAAACUGUAUUAUUACUAUUGCUAUUAAACGAUUAUUACCUAUA